AUGUCCGACAGCUGUAGCUCCAAGUCCGGGAGGUGCGCGUUCUGCGGAGAGCAACUCAGUAACUCGUCUGCACCGAUCCCCGUUGCGUAUGGCGCACCCUCCGACGAAGGUCGAGGGACGUUCUCCAAGCUCAAGCCCUUGCGCUGGCGGUUCCUCUCCAACAAGGCGCCUCGCACCAAGUUCAUGUGCGGGAAAUGCGCGGAGAAGCGUCAGAAGCCUCAAGUGAUCGAGCAGCCACCGUUCAGUCUCGACUCGUCGUGGUCUAGCGGAACCCAGAUAUCCGACCAGGCGUUGAGGCUCGAUCAUCUGCGUGAGCCACGUGACAAUAAGGCGCAGCACCAGAAGCGAGAGAAGCUUCAAGAGGAGCAACGCAGACGUCACGAAAGUCAGAGGAGAACACAUGAGCCGUCAAUACCCGAAGGCAGAAGACGAGGCUCGUCACAGGGCGUGCUCCAGCCCAUUGGGAACCACCGCAAUUCCAGGGAAUCGAUGUCAAGACAGCGUCAGGCUAGUGCAGCCGAUAUCAAGCCCCGGACUUCCGUACCAAAGCAGCAUCAGCGCGCCUCGGUUGAGAGCGCCACCCGCCCGAGGAGGUCGAGCAGCGGCCGGUCCGAGCCUCGCGGAUCCGAAAAGAAGGGUCAGCGGUUGAGCUCGACGGCCGACAUCCUGGGCAUGUCCCGGUCUUUGGAAAUGCCACCCAAUUACUUCGAGAUGAGCUCAAAGUCGCCAAAGUUUUGUGCUGCGAGCGCGCCGGAGGGUGACAGCCCGAUGGACUGGAAGCAGCUGGAGAUCCAACUGCCCCAAGUGCAGCCCCGCAAGCAGAACGAGACCGAAGAAGAGCGGCAGCGACGCAGGGGCGCUUCAUACGCCCACAUGCUGCUGCAGAUGCGGCGUCACUACGACGCCGUCCAGGUGAACGGGGCUAAUGGAUAUCACCCCGCUACAGCGCCGCCACGCCGGAUUCGGGCGGAGCGACGAGCCCAGUCGGUUGCAGUGCGAAACGUCAAGGACGGCCUGGUCAUGGCCGACUUGACCAAGGAGGAGGAGGACCCGGUGGACAGCACCCAAAGAGCCAUCGACCUGGACUACCUGCGCGCGUUCAAGGACGCUCGGUGA